CUGAUCUCUCGAUCAGCUGACGACGGGUUUCCAGGUUUGCCCGUGCAGGGGUCAGUCGGCCGCCAUUUUCUUUCGAGCCGGGAAGGACAUUCGAAGAAGGGCAUCUCCCGACUUGGUCACCAAAAUGCUGUCCGCACGCUUCACGGCAGCUCUUGCCAGGACCGUAAGCCGACAUGCAGUCAAACAGGCAUGUCGGGGUGCACCUGCGGCAGCUGUCCACUGCCGGCACCUUAACACUUCACCACGACUCAGUGCUGCUGGAGGUACUGCAGAGGUGUCCUCCAUCCUGGAAGAACGUAUCCUUGGUGCUGCACCCAAAGCUGACCUGGAGGAAACUGGGCGUGUGCUGUCCAUUGGUGACGGUAUCGCCCGUGUUUACGGCCUGAAGAACAUCCAGGCAGAGGAGAUGGUGGAGUUCUCCAGUGGUCUGAAGGGUAUGGCCCUGAACUUGGAGCCUGACAAUGUCGGUAUCGUGGUGUUCGGUAACGACAAGCUGAUCAAGGAGGGUGACAUCGUGAAGAGGACUGGUGCUAUCGUGGAUGUACCCGUUGGAGAAGAGAUCCUGGGCAGGGUUGUGGACGCGCUGGGAGAACCAAUUGAUGGCAAGGGACCCAUCCAGUCUUCGGACCGGCGACGUGUGGGGCUAAAGGCCCCUGGUAUCAUCCCGCGUAUCUCCGUGAAGGAGCCCAUGUUGACGGGGAUCAAGGCUGUGGACAGCCUAGUGCCAAUUGGCCGUGGCCAGCGUGAGCUGAUCAUUGGUGACAGGCAGACUGGCAAAACUGCUCUUGCCAUCGACACCAUCAUCAACCAGAAAGGCUUUAACGAGGCACAGGAUGAGAAGAAGAAGCUGUACUGUAUCUAUGUGGCUAUUGGACAGAAGAGGUCCACUGUGGCCCAGCUGGUCAAGAGACUAACUGAUGCUGAUGCCAUGAAGUACACCAUCGUGGUGAGUGCCACAGCCUCUGAUGCCGCUCCCCUGCAGUACCUGGCUCCGUACUCAGGCUGCUCCAUGGGAGAGUUCUUCCGGGACAACGGCAAGCAUGCUCUCAUCAUCUACGAUGACUUGUCCAAGCAGGCUGUAGCCUACCGUCAGAUGUCCCUGCUGCUGCGUCGUCCCCCCGGUCGUGAGGCCUACCCCGGAGAUGUGUUCUACCUCCACUCCCGUCUGUUGGAGCGUGCUGCCAAGAUGAACGACUCUUAUGGAGGUGGUUCUCUGACUGCCCUGCCUGUGAUUGAGACCCAGGCCGGCGAUGUGUCCGCGUAUAUCCCAACUAACGUGAUCUCCAUCACUGAUGGACAGAUUUUCUUGGAGACUGAGCUGUUCUACAAGGGCAUCCGUCCUGCCAUUAACGUGGGUCUGUCUGUGAGCAGAGUGGGAUCAGCUGCCCAGACCAAGGCUAUGAAACAGGUGUCUGGGUCCAUGAAGCUGGAGUUGGCCCAGUACCGUGAGGUGGCCGCCUUCGCCCAGUUUGGUUCUGACUUGGACGCCUCCACACAGGCGCUGCUGAGCAGAGGUGUACGCCUGACAGAGCUGCUGAAACAGGGCCAGUAUGUACCCAUGGCUAUUGAGGAGCAAGUAGCAGUCAUCUAUGCUGGUGUCAGAGGUCACCUGGACAAGGUGGACCCCAGCAAGAUCACCAAAUUUGAAAGGCUGUUCGUCCAACACAUCCGAUCCAGCCACACAGACACGCUAGCAACCAUUCGUACCGAAGGCAAACUCUCCGACGCCACUGAUGAGAAGCUCAAGGCCAUCGUCACAAACUUCCUCGCUACCUUCGAGUAACUUUCUCUCACACUGUGUGUAAAUCUUGUUACAGAAUUAAAGAUUACAAAAUAUGAAGAAGCUAGUUCAGACAACAUCAAUUGUUGACAAGGGUUUGUACCCAGGUAUACUUGAAGGAGGGCUGUUGGAUCUAAAAUGUUAACACGCUUUAUACAGAGGCCUAGGAAAGGAACACAUCAUCAUGUGUAUUGUAUGGAAUCCAAAUGUUUUAUGAAAUAAACUCUGGGCCAUAGAGACAUGAA